UACACUGAAGUUCUGAAAGGGAAGAUUUGACAAAAAGAUUCAUCAUGGCAGUCAUGAGAGCUCUUGUGCUUCUUUUCUUGGUCUUUUCUUUUGAGAGUGCAGCAGCUCAUCACUGCCAUCAUGGAUGGCAACAUUUUGGAAGGCAUUGCUACAAAUUCUUCUCUGAGUCAGUUAACUGGGUCAGAGCUGAGAAAAACUGUCAUUCUAUUGGUGGAAAUCUUGCAUCUGUGCACAAUACAGCGCAAAACAACUUUCUCCUGAGUAUUGUGCCUGCUAACAGACGCACUUGGAUUGGUGGCCAUGAUGGUGAAAUUGAUGGACAAUGGCUGUGGACUGAUGGAUCUCGAUUUGUCUUUACCCACUGGUGCUCCAAAGAACCUAACAAUGCUGGUAGACCUGAGAACUGCCUGGAGAUAAACCAUACCAAUAACCAUUGCUGGAAUGAUGAGUCCUGUACAUACACAAUGGGCUACAUUUGUGCCAAACCUCUGUGAUCAGGAAAAAUCUAUCUGUUUCAGAAAUAUUAUGAUUGUACUACAUGCCUAUACAUUUUUUUUCUCUAAUCUUAUCUUUUAAAUCUUUAAAAUAUCUCUGAAAUUAUCUUUAAACAUUACUGCACCUUUCUGAAAACUUCUUAAAUCAA